AUGGGGAAUUUCGAUCAUCUACCAACUGAUAUUGUACUCGACAUUAUAACUCGUCUACAAACCGAAACAGUAUUAAACUGCAAGUUAGUCUGCAAACCAUGGAGGGAUCUAGUUUCUCAUCAUCCAUCAUUCUCUCAGUUGCAUCUAACUCAUCUUAAUCACUCCAGUACUGAUUCAGGCAAGUUAAGCUUUCUUGUUAAAGCUGAGAAUCUAGAGCUUCACUAUUUUGAGUAUAACGAGAAUAAUGAUGAGACACCUAUUGACAGCAUUAAAAGGAUGAAUUUCACCCCUCCAUUUGAAUUUCACUAUACCUUUCUUGGUUCGUUUAAUGGUAUAGUCUGUUUUUGUGGAUACAAAGAUUAUCCUGUUUAUAUUUGUAACCCCAUGACCAAACAAUAUGUUAUGAUUCCAGAAUUUGAUGGGUCAGAUUGUGAUGAUCAGUUUAUUUACUGGUCGAGUGGGUUUGGUUACCUUCCUUCAACUGACGAGUAUAAAGUUGUUAAAAUUUUUACGUUCAGUACACAGCUCAAUAUUGUUGAGGUUUUGGUGUAUACUCUUGGCAGUGGCAAUGGGUGGAAAAGUGUUGGGAGGUUUGAUAUUAAGGAGCACAGACGCAGAUGUGUUGUCGAACAUGGUGCUGUCUUUGUGAAUGGAGCGCUGCACUGGGUGGAUCAAGGAGUAGGAAGUGUUUUUGUUUUUGAUUUGACUGAGGAGAAGUUUCGUGAACUAGUUUCACGACCUCCUCUGCCAACAAACAGCUGUAGCAUCUGGUGCGAUUACACUAUAGGGGAAUUGGGUGGGGUUUUGUAUUAUGCUAUCAAAUAUCGCCGUCGAAUCACUGAAUGCACAUGUUUUGAUAUAUGGUUACUGAACAAUAUUCCUGACAUGAAUGAGCAGGUGGAACAUGAGCCAUCGGGUUGGAGUAAAGUGUUUAGCAUUCCUGGGAGAGAACCAUUAGCCUUUACCAAGGGUGGCGGUGUUUUAUGCUUCGAUUAUUGGUCCCUUGGCAUUUAUGAUUCAAUAGCUUCAAACUCGAAAAAUCUUGUGGAUUUUAGUGGAUUCAGUCAAAUAAUCCCUCAUACGAACACCUUAUUUUCGUUAGAAGAAUUAGGAGAAGAAGAUGUAUACAUAAUGGAGUCAGCUGAAACUGAAGAAGAUGUAUACAUAAUGGAGUCAGCUGAAACUGAAGAAGAUGUAUACAUAAUGGAGUCAGCUGAAACUGAAGAGACAAAAAACCGUGAUUUGAAGACAGCAGCUUGCAAGCUUCUGCCAUUACUCUUGUUUAGUAGCUGA